UAAUAAAAUUAAUGUUUACAUGUAUAGUAUUCAUCAAUGUUCUGGUAUAUUUAUGUAAAGGUUAUAGAGUCCCUGGAAGGCUAGAGGUGUGUCGAGUUAGUCGACUUAGAGCAGAAAUUGAGCCUCAAACACCUAAGAAGGUGUACUUAGUAAAGCCUAGAGGUUUCUGUGAAGGAGUUAGUAGGGCAAUAAGAACAGUAGAGGAAGCAUUAAGGGUGUUUGGCCCACCAAUAUACGUAAAACAUGAAAUUGUACAUAAUGAAGCCGUUUGUAACCGUCUGAGGGCCAGGGGUGUAGUAUUCAUAGAAGAUUUAAACCUUGUUCCAGAGAAUAGUGUUUUAAUAUACUCUGCACAUGGAGUCUCGCCUGAAGUAAAAGAGCUUGCUAAGACAAGGAAUUUAGUAGAAAUAGAUGCCUCCUGCCCAUUAGUGAAUAAAGUCCAUGUUUACGUUAAAAAUAAAGCCAAAGAGGGGUAUAAAAUUGUUUUAAUAGGGCACAAAAACCACCAGGAAAUAAUUGGAACGAGUGGUGAGGCUCCGGAAGCUGUGACAGUCGUCGAGAACGUGGCUGAUGUUGAAAAGUUGGACUAUCCUGAAGGGACUAAGCUUUAUUACGUUACACAGACAACUUUAAGUCUGGAUGACUGUAAAGAGAUUAAGGAAGCUCUGGUUAAAAAGUAUCCACAAAUAGAAACAAUACCAAGUGGAUCAAUUUGCUAUGCAACCACUAAUAGGCAAACAGCUAUCCAUAAAGUUACAGAAUUUGUGGAUUUAGUCCUAAUAGUUGGAAGCACGAUGUCAUCCAACGCUAAAAGACUAGUGGAAGCAGCUUUGAAUAGAAAUAUAAGAUCAUAUCUUGUAUUUGACUCUAAUGAUGUUACUGAAGAACUAGUUGGAUCUGCUAGAAAUAUCGCAUUAUCCUCCUCAGCUUCAACGCCUGAAGAUUUGACCUUUGCAGUACUUGAGAAGUUGAAGUCGCCGCCAUUCAAUUUUCUACCUGAGGAGUUUGAUGGAGCUAUAGAAAGGGUUCCUAACUGGAGAUUACCAAGGAACCUGGAAGAAAUGAUUAAACAACAUGAUCAACAAAAUGAACAAAAAAAUGAUAAAAAUCUUGAUCAAGAGAUGUAAAAUGUACCAUAUAUCAGAAAAUAAAUGAGAAG